UCCGGCUUAUAGUCCCAACCUACUCAUUAGUAUCAGCAAAGUUCAGACAAAGUCCAGCAGUCUUCAGCUCGGAGCUGCCCGAACCGAACCGCACACACUUAGCUCCGUUCACUCUGCUCGGAACCAUGACUGAAGCGGACCUCUACACUCUGUACAAGGGCGUGUAUGUACCUACUGCGGUACACACUCCGGAGAGCCUCAAGUACUACGAGGAGUUUACAUUUCGACCUGACGACGUUGUCAUCGUAACGUAUCCCAAGUCAGGGACAACUUGGAUGCAGGAAAUUCUUCCCCUCAUUGUAAGUGGAGGGGAUCCAGCCUCCGUUGAGACGCUGCCUAACUGGGACCGCGUUCCCUGGCUGGAGGAGACCCGGGCCUCCAUCCUGAAGCUCGAAGAGCGGCCGUCUCCUCGCUUGUUCACCACGCACUUCCACUACAGCAUGAUGCCGCCGUCCUUCUUUCAAGUAAAACCAAAGGUGGUCUAUGUCAUGAGGAACCCCAAAGAUGUGUUCACGUCUGCCUUUCACUAUUACAACAGCGCCUCGUUCUUGGUGAAACCGGGUCCGCAGAGCGAGUUCCUCCAGAAGUUCCUCACGGGAAAAGUUAUUUUUGGCUCCUGGUUUGACCAUGUGAAAGGCUGGCUGAAUGCUAAAGACAAACUGCAGAUCAUGUACAUCUCCUACGAGGAGAUGAUAAAGCAGGACCUGAACGACGCUGUGAGCAGGAUCGCUCAGUUCCUGGGGAAGCCUUUGGAGCUCGAUGUUCUGGAGAAGAUAGCCGACAAGUGUUUAUUCAAAAACAUGAAGAAUAACCCUAUGUCCAACUACUCGGUGGUGCCCCAGGAAUUCAUGGACCAAACAAAGAGUCAGUUCCUUCGUAAAGGGGUCGCUGGAGACUGGAGGAACCUGCUUACGCCAGAUGAGGCACAGCACUUUGACAACGUGUUCAAAGAAAAAAUGAAAGAUGUGAACUAUAAAUUCAACUGGGAUUAAGCCAGUUUAGUGCAAUUGCUUUUACCGUUUCAUAAAAAGAAUUAACUAGUAUGUCAGACCAGUGACUGAAAAAAAUCAAUACUGUAUUGAGAGCAGUUCAAACUUUGACCUUUUCUUCUGUGACUUAACGAAGUUUCAAAAACAAAAAAAAAACAAAUGCUCAACGUUGUGAUCCAUUUUGCCUAGGAAGUCAGAGCUUACCAGGUAAGUGGAACUGGGAAAAUACCUAAAACCGAAAUUUCUACUGGUUUUGCAGUAGAAAUUUGGAAAACCAGUGAGGAUAGCAAAGUGUUGUCUUCAAUAACCAAGCUAACUAUGUUUAGUGACGUAAGCCAAGAAUAAAAAAAUCUGUAGCAUUUAAUACAUUUAAAAUAUCAUGGAAACACUUUAACUACUAUAGUUUGUCAGCAGCUAAACUGAUAACUGAUUGAGUCAAAUGGAAACUGUCAACAGAACAAAUAGUUUUAAAUAUUUAUCAUGAAGAUUGAUUAGCUUAGGGAAAAUAUACGCAAUUGACAUGCGUUACUAUAGCACAAAUAAACAUUUUUAGCAUUA